CAAAGCAGAACGGCUCAAUUUUGUGUGGUCCACGAAGGUCGACCUUUCAGAGAGAAGUGAUUAUGCAGAACUGAAAUCACAGGAGUAGCUGGCUCGCUGUCGACCCUGUUCUUAAUUCAUUCAAACAUUGUACGACUCCGAACCGCACUGUUUUCCUGACGUCGAAGGUUUUACACCACCGACUUCCAGAGUCACCUGAAAGACACUAGCUACCAGCCACCGAAUAUAACACGGGGAACUAAAAUGAAUUCCACGUCUACCUGCGUUGCCGCGGUCUCCUAUCUGCCCACUAUAAUGACCUACAUUACUUCAGUCAUCAACCAGGAGCCUGACACUAAGCAGCCUGCUCAACUCCAAGAUGGCGAGCACUUCGACUUCAUUGUAGUCGGUGCCGGAUCUGCAGGCUGCGUCGUGGCCAACAGGUUGUCAGAGGUAGCGGAUUGGUCAGUUCUGCUCUUAGAAGCAGGCGGAGAGGAGCCAGGUCGGAUGGACUGGGCUUACAAGACACAGAAACAGACAACGUCAUGUGGAGGAAAUGAGUGUUAUUGGCCGCGAGGGAAAGUUCUCGGAGGCUCCAGCUCAAUAAACGCCAUGAUAUACAACAGAGGCAACAGCCACGACUACAACCACUGGGCCGAAAAAGGCAACGUCGGUUGGAGUUACGAAGAAGUUCUUCCUUACUUUAAGAAGUCCGAAAACAACAUUGACCCCGAUAUCGCUAAUAACACCAAGUACCACAGUGUGGGUGGUUAUCUUAGUGUUGGAAGAUUUCCGUACGAAGAAAGGAACGCAAAGACAAUAUACGAAGCAUUCAAGGAAAUCGGCUAUGAUGGUAUCGAUUUUAAUACAGAAACCCAUUCAGGUGUAAUGUCUGUUCAGGCAACGCAAGAAAACGGAGAACGUCGGAGUACGAACAGAGCUUUCCUAGAGCCAAUCCGGAACACGAGAAGGAAUUUAAAAGUCGUUACUGGCGUCAGAGUCACCAAAGUACUCAUUCAUGCAGAGAACAAAACGGCCUAUGGAGUUCAGUAUGCUUUUGAAGGAAACAGAAACGCAACGGGGAAAGUUUUCGCCAAAAAGGAAGUAAUCAUCAGUGCUGGUACAAUCAAUUCCCCACAGUUACUCAUGCUCUCAGGAAUUGGACCCAAAGAAAGUCUUGCUCCUUUAGGAAUUCCCAUCAUAAAAGAUUUGAAAGUCGGUCAAAAUUUACAGGAUCACUUUACUGCUCCAGGUGUUUUCUUCAGCCUGAACGAGGAUGCACGUGUGAUGCCGAGCAAUGAGGAUAUCCUGAUUGAUUCUCUAAGGUACUCAUUCUCACGAAGAGACAGUCCAUGGGCUUCAAUAGCUGCAUGCAAAACUGUCGCGAAGAUCAAUUCGAGAUACGCAAACAAAUUAAUCGACAACCCGGAUAUUCAGUUUAUCUUCACAACAAAAUCAUCACAUGACGAAAUGAUUAUGCCAUUUUGUUAUUACGAUCAGAUAAUCGUCAAUCCACUUAUCCUCCGGCCGAAGAGCCGCGGAUAUCUAACCAUAAACACAACAGACCCUUUCUCACAGCCUCUAAUAUAUCCUAACUACUUUAAAGAACCGGAAGACAUCGAUGUUAUUCUGGAAAGUUACAAAGUCGCCGUGGAACUCGGUAAGACAAAGGCACUCACAGACGCCGGUUUCAAGGUAAACGCGUCGUUUCUGCCGAGAAGAGAGGACUUUUUGUCUGGGACAAGCCCACUUUGGGGACCUGAGGCUGUGUAUACAUUGCAUCACCAAUCUGGGACGUGUAAAAUGGGUCCCAAGAAGGACGCAGCAGCUAUUGUAGAUCCUCAGCUCAAGGUGCAUGGUGUCGAAGGUCUGCGAGUUGCCGAUGCAUCCAUAAUGCCAUACAUCACGAGCGGGAACACUAAUGCUCCUUGUAUUAUGAUAGGGGAGAAAGUUUCAGAUAUAAUAAAACAAGCAUGGGGACAGUGAAUAUGUUACUUGCUUUUUCAAUAUGUAUACCAGCAAUGUAUUUGGGUGUAGCAUCUAUGUCUUCUGGUACUUCUAAUAAAUGUCAUUUCUAAAUAAAUCAAUAUGUAUAUACGCAUAUACCCCGCACUUAGCUGGUUUAGGAAUAAAGAUAUUCUUUUACGAAUAAAACAGAAAAUUAAACAUUUAAAUAUUGUUAUUACUGCACAGGCAAGCAGGAGGGAGGAUUCUUCUUGUCGCUU